AUAGAACCGCAAUUCAUACAUUAUGAUACUGUUGUUACUCUCUACAGUUUGACUUAGUAAAAAAGAAGACCACUAAGUACUAGUGGUUUUAAAAAUAGUCAGUUUAAUUCAGAAUCUCCCCCGCUAAACAAGUAACGAGAUUAAUGCUCGAGUAUUUAUGUGUUAAGGAUUGAUGCACACCGUUUUUUAGUCUCGGAAUUUACACACCCGACCUCGUAUUACAAUUUUGAUGGCAAAACGAAAAAAAACUACAGAAAAACGUAGUUUUUGGUCGCUCGAGUGUUUCGUGCUACUAUUCAGUUUCGUAUUUUCUCUCGUAGUUGUUAAUGUUUUUGGUCUCUUGUCGUUUACAAACGGUUUCUUGUUACGUCGUAAAGUAUUAAACGAAACAUCUUCUUGCAACGAUUUCCCCUAUUCAACAGUAGUUGAUGAUCAGACUCAAGGAUGCUGGGCACCCAAGAGCUUCUCCAAAACUGUCAUUGUACUAAUUGAUGCCCUGCGUUAUGACUUCACAACUCCUUCAAAUGAAACACGCUCUUAUUUAAAUCACUUUCCAACACUGUAUAGAACUGCUGAAGAGUUUCCAGAGAAUGCAGUCUUGUAUUCUUUCUUAGCAGAUGCGCCAACUGCAACGCUUCAAAGAAUUAAAGGUUUAACGACUGGUUCACUUCCAACCUUUAUUGACAUGGGUUCCAACUUCGGCACUUCUGCUGUUGAAGAUGACAACCUGUUGCUACAGUGGAGUCACUUGAACAAAUCAAUUGUACUGGUUGGUGAUGAUACCUGGGACAACUUGUACCAUGAAUUUCUUAAUCCCAUACAUUCAGUUCCAACCUUCUCUCUAAACGUUCCAGAUCUGCAUGGUGUUGACAACAUCGUGAAUUCGUACAUCUACGACUAUGUACAACAGGAUCAUUGGGAUGUUCUUAUUGCUCAUUACCUUGGAGUUGACCAUGUUGGCCAUCGACUGGGGCCUGAUCAUCCUGCUAUGGCGGAUAAAUUGGAGCAAAUGGACAACACUAUCAAGAAAUUGAUGCGCUUGAUUGAUGAGGAUACCCUCCUUGUGGUGAUGGGUGACCACGGAAUGGACAAAAAGGGAGACCAUGGAGGUGAUUCUUUUGAAGAGUGCAAUUCAGCUCUGUGGCUCUAUUCCAAAAGGCCCGCUUUCAAGAGAUUAAAUGAUGAACGCAAUGAUGUUAAUACGGUGCUUCAGGUGGAUCUUGCUCCUACUUUGAGUUUACUGUUGGGAAACCCAAUUCCUUAUGGAAGUUUAGGAUCCAUCAUUCCGGAGCCUUUUUAUUAUCAAGGGGCAGAUAAAUUGGCGCAUGCUGAGAAUAUCGUUGCGAAACAAAUAGCUCGCUUCAAUAGCCAUUACAAGCACAAGCUUAUGAGCUUACAACUUGAAGAUAUCCCAGAAAAUGCAACCUAUAUGGAGCGCUAUGCAAUUGAUCAUCGCAAUAGCAGAAGAAUUCUGGACAGUUACAAGGGAAUUUGGGCUGAAUUCAAUAUGUCAAAGAUACUUGUCGGUAUUGUCGUGUUGCUUACUUAUGCAAUUUGUUUGGCAGUCGUCUUGUUUUCUAGACCUACAUUACUCGUGGUGACAAAAUCCUUAAAAAGAUCCAUUCCAUGUUCAUACGCGCUGGCCGCUGGAAUCAAUGUCUUGUGUUAUUUAUGCAUUCCUUUAAAGACCAUGAAAGAAAACAUAGUGCUGUUUGUAUGCUCUGUUUCCAUCAUUUUCUGUCUUUCAUUUUCUACAAUGAUAGCAUUUAAAAUGGCCGAUUCGUUCCAUUUAGCUGUUUGGGAUAUUUUUGGGAUUAUCAUUGUUAUCCUUCAUUGCUGUACCUUUGGUUCAAACUCUUUCACUGUUUGGGAGGAUAAAAUUGUUCACUUCUUUGUCAUGUCCUUUGGCUGUGUUUUGUUUUGCCGAAGUUGCAUUUUUAAAAGCCCGGAAAAGCGAAUCGCAGGUGCUUUCUACAGCCUUGUAUUUCUGGUCUUACAAAGACUCUCAACGUACAUUACUGUGUGUCGUGAAGAGCAAGGAAAUGAAUGCAAUGUUACAUACUUCUCUAAUUUCCAGAUCGACAUCCCCUCUAUUCUCUCGUUAUCCCUGGUUGUAAGUCUCGGUUUCGUUAUUCCACUUAUACUGCGUGAGUACUCGUCAAGAUACUAUGGCAGACCUCAGCCCGGAUUUACAAUGACACAGUGUCUCAUUGGCUUUACUCAAACUUUAGUCUCAAUUUUCUGGAUUGGUCAUUUCUUGUUGGUAAAUAUUCCUUCCUUAGAAAGCAAACUGUUGCCGUGGAGUCCGUUUCUUGCCAACUCGAUCAUAUUACUUUUCGGUAUCGCUUUUGUUUGGCAAGUUGUACAGCUUUUAACACGACGUGAGGAGAAAAUAUCUAAGAAAACCGGAGUCUCUCUCUAUGCACCGGAAUUCUUUAACUGCUUUGUUGUUUUGUUUUUGUUUCUGACUUUCCUCCAACGUCCAUUGGGAGCUUUCUCUAUGGUCGGCUUAUUUAUUCAAAUUUUACUGCUAAUCGAGCUCUCUAUUUUACACGCGAAUAUUGGAGUGGUUUUCUUCCCCGUGCUUCUUGGUUUACUGUCUGUAUCUCAUUUCUUUACCACAGGCAACCAGGCAACGAUUUCAUCGUUAGAAUGGAAUUUUGCCUUUAUCCAGUCUAACUCAUUACAAAAUCAGACUGUGAGCGCAUUCUUUAUGUUAAUUCAUACAUUCGGAGCGCCUAUCCUUGCCUGUCUAUCUAUUCCACUUUUUGCGUCCUGUUUGCGUUACACGUCCAAAUACGAUCUUGUCAAAAAACUAUUCUCUUUUACGGUUUCCUUCAUGCUAUAUAAAAGUGCUAUUUCUGGCAGUAGUGUUGCGUUUGCAGCACUCUUCCGCCGUCAUCUAAUGGUUUGGAAAAUAUUUGCUCCCCGAUACAUGCUAUCAGCCGUUUGCAUGCUGACUGAUGAUAUCUUCAUCAUCCUAUUCUCAUACCUUUUUGCCCUUCCUAUAUUCCUAAUAGCCUAAAUAGGAGUUCUGUAUUUAUCUUCUGUUUUAAAUGUAUUGAAAAACUUUUCCUUCAUAACACAAAAGACAAGAUUGCAAAUUUACCAGU